GUCGUGGGCAAAGAUGGCUGCGAAUGUACAUUCUCUGGUGCAGUACUGGAAAAAAUUUGACCUAUUGGGAUUUCAGAAAGACUUGGAUGCCAGAGCUACAGAACUCGCUAACAAGCAGGAGGAAAGUGACAUAUCUAGAAGAAGACUUGUGGAGUUAUGUCGGGAGUUUAAAAAGAAUACGCCCGAGGAAACCAGAAGAGUGGUAGCACCAGUACUCAAGAGUUUCCAAAGUGAAAUUGAUAGUCUGUGCAGAAGAAGCAAAGCUGCAGAAGCGGCCUUUUUAGCAGUUUAUAAAAAAAUUAUUGACCUUCCAGACCCUGUGACUGCCGUGGAAGUUUACCAGUCAGCCCACCAGAGGGCUAUGCGUGCUCAAGACCAAGAACUUCAAAAUAAAAGGCUGAAAAAAAACUCUGAAUAACUAUUACCAAGAGCUAGAAAUUCUGACGAACCAGGGU